AAAAUGUCUGGCCGUGGAAAAGGUAAAGCAAAGGGCACCAAGUCCAAGACUCGAUCAUCCCGUGCAGGGCUUCAGUUCCCCGUCGGUCGUAUCCAUCGUCAUCUCCGCAAAGGCAACUAUGCUCAGCGAGUUGGUGCUGGUGCCCCAGUGUACUUGGCUGCUGUACUCGAGUACCUGAGCGCUGAAAUCCUCGAGUUGGCUGGUAAUGCUGCCCGUGACAACAAGAAGACCAGAAUCAUCCCUCGUCACUUGCAAUUGGCUGUCAGAAACGACGAAGAAUUGAACAAGCUUCUCGGUGGAGUCACCAUUGCUCAAGGUGGUGUUCUUCCAAACAUCCAAGCCGUCCUUCUGCCCAAGAAGACCGAAAAGAAAUCAUCUUCUUAAGCAGUUUACUGCACACACAUUAAAACAACGGCUCUUUUAGGAGCCACCAC